AUGAAUGAAGACAUGAAAAAUUUACUUAUACUGGACAAAUCUCUAGAAGAAAAGGAAGGUAAAGAAGAAGAUGAUGAUGAUGAAGAAAGUGAAGAAGAAGACAAUAAUGAUGAAGAAGUUAAAAUCCACAGUGAAGGGAUCCAAGUAGCAUUCAAUUCCUCUUCGGAAGAAAUAGAGUUAACAAUACCAGAUGGGACAUUAAUAGGUCGAGUAAGAUAUGAUCGUUUUGGAAAGGAAUUUUACAGUUUCCAAAGUAUACCAUUUGCAAAACCACCGGUAGGAAAUCUUAGAUUUAAAGACCCAGUUGAGAACGAACCAUGGCUUGGAAUUAGAGAUGCUACCCAAGAUGUACCCCAAUGUGUGCAAAUUUCAGGUUCAAAUAUAAUCGGACAAGAAGAUUGCUUGUAUUUGAACGUUGACACUCCGAAUUUGCACAAAAAUGAAUCAAAUCUUUUACCGGUUAUAGUUUUUAUACACGGAGGUGGUUUCAGGAGUGGAUCUGCACGAGAUGCCAUUUAUGGACCUGAAUUUUUAAUCACCGAAGAUAUCGUUUUGGUUAAAUUAAAUUAUAGAGUUAACAUGUUUGGAUUCUUUAGUUUGGACGACCCUUCUCUUGGAGCUCCUGGAAAUGCUGGUUUGAAAGAUCAAAGAUUAGCUUUGGAAUGGGUUCAAAAAAAUAUAGAAUAUUUCGGUGGUGAUCCAGAUCAAGUAACAAUUUAUGGUCAAAGCGCCGGUGGUGCUAGUGUACACUUUCACGUCCUUUCCCCGCAAUCCAAAGGAUUAUUUUCUAAGGCAAUCAUGCAAAGUGGUGUGGGAACUAGUCCUACGCAGACGGGUGUUCAAAAUAAUGGAUUAUAUUUGGCUCAAGUGUUAGGAGUAACCACAGAUGAUGUUUCGGAAAUGUUGCUGACUCUUCAAUAUCUUCCACCUCAAUUUAUUAUGCAAGGAUUUUUACUGCUAUCUCAAAUUUAUCCCAUGCGUUGGGCAGGUUUUCAUAAUCCAAUUGUAGAAAAACACAAAGAAACAGCUUUCUUACCGGAUGAUCCAAUGAAAAUUCUUCGAGCAGGAAAUUAUAAUAAAGUGCCAAUGAUAAUUGGGUACACAGACGCGGAAGGGAUUUUUUUGGAACAAAUCAUUCGAAAUGCAACGGGACAACCCCAACCAGUCACUGACUUUUUUAAUUUUGUCCCUGAUGAGUUAGGAAUUUUACCAGGGACACCAGAAGCGCUUAAAUUGGCGGACGAAAUAAAAGAAUUUUAUCAAGGCGAUGUUGAAAUUAGCCCUGAUUUCAUGUUACCUUUGAUUAAUAUUAGUAGAGAUACAUGGUAUGCUUUUCCAGCUAGAAGAGCUGCUGUUGAACAUGUUAAAAAUAAUGGAUAUCCAGUUUAUUUUUAUCGAUUUUCCGCCGAUACUGAAUUAAAUGUUGUCAAGCGGAUGGAUUCGAUUUCGAUGGGAUUUCUAGGUGCUGCUCAUGCAGAUGAUAUAGGAUAUUUAUUUAAAACGGCUAUAUCACCAGAAAUUCUUAACGGUUCUGUAGAAGAUAUUGCCCUCCAACGUGUUACUAGAAUAUGGGGCAGCUUUGCUAAACAUUCACAUCCUUUAAUAGUGGGUGAUCAUUGGAUACCGGUUGUUGAUGGAGUUUUAAAUUAUAUGGAUAUUGGGACAUUUAGAGAUAUUUCCGGAGUUAAUCCUGAUGAAGAAAGAAUGAGCUUUUGGUUGGAUAUUUUCGAACGAUUUGGUGUUCUAUAA